AUGGAUAACAACGUGCUCCAUGGCAACUCGAUUGUGAGGGUGAUCGAUGGAAGCUUCGUCUUUCGGCAGUGGUUUGAAAUUGAAGAGUCUUACCCCAUCUCAGACCUGGCCCCAGUGAUGUACCGAUACCUUGCUUGGCAGGCAUCCACGAGUGGGGUUGAGCAGAACUUUGCAAAGUCCGAGAGAAUGAAGACGUGCGGACAAACACCUGCAUCCGCAGAAUUUGAAGACCGGGCCUUGCGAAUGUUACUUUGCAAAACAAGCCAGGUGGACAUGAAUGAUACAGUGAAGAAGGCUCUGCAGUUGUACAAUCGAUGCCAUGUGGGCACCACCCGCACGCAUGUGAAAAAGAGAGUCGACAAGUCAGUGAAGCGCCCUCCUGGACCUGACGAAGAUCCCCGCACAGAGGCUGGCUUCAAAAGACUGAGGCACAACCAGGUGAACGACGCUAUGCUUGGUUUGGAUGAUGCCUUGUCGUUGUCCUUUGACUUGGAUUUGAACCCAAGUCAAGAUAGCCAAGUGGCUGCUCUUUGGGGCGAGGGUCAUGAAAAAGAGUUUCAGUUUCAGAAAGGCAAGCAAACCCGGCGGGUCGUUGAGGGCUUCCGUGAUGGCCUGCUGGAUGAAUCAGAAAUUGAUGAAGCUGAUCUAGCCCUCGCCUUGGAAAAGGAGAAGAAGCAGGACAAAGAGCUGGUGCGUGGGAAUAAGUCGUUCAAUGAGAUGGCGUCCAAGAUGAAUGGCCCAAUAGAUUGGGACAUCCUGACUGGCCAAAAGAUUUGGGUGGAUUCGACCCUGCAGAACGAUCCUGAAGUAGAAGUCUCGCUGGUGAAACACAACUUAUUUGCAGUCACUGAACGCAAAGAAGCAACUCUUUUUGCAGUCCCUGACUGCACCACCUUGUCAGAACGCGUGAAGCUCUUUGCCGCUUUGUUCGGCCUCAGAGUCUUGGGUGGCUCACUUUUGCAAGGUAAGCCAGGCUUUCUUGUCAAGUUCAAGGCAUCCAUCAACACAAGGCAAAGGGUCUUCUUCAGCAGCCAGUUCCAUCAAAAACAUCCAGACUUUGAGGGCACAGUGAUGCGUGCUUUCAAUGUUCGAGGCAGCAAGUGGAAGCCGGCAGAUAACAGGUCCGAUGCCACUAUCAAGUUGGUCACCACGACUGAAGCUGCGCGGGCCAAGGUUGUUGGCGGGGAUGAUGCGGGGCAUCAUUGCAAGUCCUCUUUCUUGGAAAGUCUUUCCAAGAUGGACUUCAAGAACUCUGGUUACUACAAGCCGUAA